AUGUUUUCCUCCACAUUCCGCGCCGCAGCUCGCGCUCCCACCUCGGCCUUCACACGCAGCUUCUCCUCCACCCGACCCUCGCAAGUCGCGCGCAUGACCGUUAUUGGCCGUCUAGGUGUUGCACCCGAAGAGGUCACCAUAUCCGGCGACAGGACACUAGUUCGAUACAUAGUAGGAACGAACUACGGCAAGGGCGAUGACAAGAAGACCAGCUGGUUCCGGAUUGCGAGUUUCGUACAGGGAGCACAGAAGGAUUUCCUGAUGAACUUGCCAAAGGGAUCGCUGCUCUAUGUUGACGCUGAUGCGCGCAUGGAGACGUACCUUGACUCCGAGGGCAACAAGAAGAGCAAUUUGAGCUUGGUUGCACGCAACUUCGACGUCUUAUCCCGCCCUCGUGCUACUGAGGAGACGGAGACUACCGAUGAGGGUCUCGUUCAGGAAGGUUAG